AUGUUGCCUGCUCUAUCAGCAUUGCCUGGUGGUGCCAUCGUGGCAUAUCUUGGAAUUGCGAUCGCUUUGCCGGUCCUAGUAACAAGGCUCCUAAGCGCCUUUAGAGGUCGUUGGCCAAAAAAAGGAGAGCCUCCAGUUGUUCCAUAUUGGAUACCAUGGCUCGGUCAUGCUCUUUCAUACCUGUUGGAUAUAAACAACUUCUCUGACAAAGUCAAAACCAUGUUCCCUAACGAAAGCAUUGUGACGUCGGUUGUUGGAGGGCGGAAUUAUUAUAUGAUCCUAGAUCCAAAACUCGCAAGCCAACUUCUCCGUCGGCCAAAAGUAUUUGCUAUGGAGGCAUUCGUCUUAGAAUCCCAUGAAGCUUUUGGCACGCCAAAACAUGACCUGGAUCUCAUGAAAAUGGGCGUUCCUGGCUUGCAGGGUCAUCAGAACGAUCGAGAUGACGGUAGGCGGUUGUGGCACGGCCUAAGCAAGGUAAUCAGCGAGUGCCUGGAUGUGAACAGUUCAGUUCGUAUGGCUUCAACAUUUUUGCAAAUAUUGACAAAGAAUCUGGCAAAAGAAUUCCCAAUGGACAGCAAAGCAAGCUGGGUAACAGUAGAUAUACGGAGUUUCAUCAUGCGGCAAUAUCUGAUUGCCUCUGUCCCUUCGUUAUUUGGAUCUCAUAUCUUGGAGAUCUGGCCCACCAUAUAUGAAGACUUCUGGUUGUACGACCGCUACACAAGCCUUCUUUUAGCUUUACCACCAAAGAUGUUUGCAUCAAAGGAAUAUGCUCUUCGCCAGAAAAUAUUAAACGUGUUGCUCCAGUGGGAGAGGGACGCGCGGGACAACAAGAAUUUGGAUGGACUGAUUGCGGACAACGUCGAAUGGGAUGAAUAUUGGGGAGCACGAUUAUUGCAGCAGAGAACCAAGCUUACUAUGGAAAACGGCCUUUCUGAAAUGGCUCGCGCUUCAAUUCAGUUGACUCUUCUCUGGGGUCAAAAUGGGAAUGCGAUCCCAGUUGGAACAUGGUUAAUGAUACAAUGCCUCGUCGACCCCGAAGUUAAGCGUCGAGUUCUCACCGCAAUAGAGGAGUGCCGUAAACCAGAUGGAGAAAUCGACAUGUAUCAGAUUGUGACACAUAGCUAUUUGAAAUCGUUGUUCCUUGAAGCUCUUCGAUAUUCUGUGGCAGCCCCAACCAUGCGCGUGGUCCUUGAGAACACAACUCUGGGGGGGUACACGCUGAAAAAAGGUAGCAUAACUCACAUCCCCGGGAGGACACUCCAAAUGGACGAGAAAGUAUGGUCCGCAGGCGACGUCCCAGUUCAGCCAUCAACAUUCUGGGACGAGAGGUUCUUGGAUCUAGAACGCGAUGCAAAUGGUGGUCUUAAUGAAAAGCAACCUGCCAAUUCUGUAUUCUCGAAGGCGGCUGCCGAUCCAAUUUCUUUGCCCAUCGGCACAAAGUCAAAGGAAAUCCGGGAUCGCAUGUCAUCAUUCCGGCCAUUUGGCGGCGGAUCUCAUCUAUGUCCUGGGCGUUACUUUGCCAUAUAUGAGAUCGUCGCAGGCAUGGUCACAUUGUUGACCGAUUUCGAUUUCGAGGUUGAUCAGGGGGCGUUGCAGCAAAAUGGUAUGCCGAGUCUCAAUAAAGAGGGAAUCGGCGGGCUUCAGCCGGAUAGAAAGUUCAUGGUCCGAAUGAAGAGAAAGUAA